UUUUUUUUACGAGGAGGAGGACUCGGGUUACAACUAACUCUCGUAACCGAUCUCACAGCAGCCGAGAGAAGAAAACGCUCUUUCAAUAAUUUACACAUCUGUGCCUGAUACACGGUUAGGAGCUGCGAGGGGAAGGACGUGUGUUUUUAUUGAAACAAACAAAAACAAACAAAAAACAUGCUGUGAAGCAACUUUUCCCUGCGCUGCCAGGAUGAAGACUUGAGAGAUUUAGUUGAGAAUUAACUUCUCAUAUUGUUGGCUGACCACUCCCGUGUCCCACUGAGACUUGACCAUGGACUCCUUCAGCACCAAGAGCUUAGCCCUGCAGGCGCAGAAGAAGCUGAUGAGCAAGAUGGCCACCAAGAGCAUUGCCAACCUCUUCAUCGACGACACCAGCAGCGAGGUGCUGGACGACCUGUACCGCGUCACAAAGGAGUACACCCGCAACCGCAAAGAGUCCCAGAAGAUCAUCAAGAACUUGAUCAAGAUGGUGGUGAAGCUGGGAGUGCUCUACAGAAACAACCAGUUCAACGGCGAGGAGCUGAUCCUGGUGGACAACUUCAGGAAGAAAGUCCACACUCUGGCCAUGACGGCGGUCAGUUUCCACCAGAUCGAGUUCACCUUUGACCGCCGCAUCAUGAGCGCCAUUUUGAAUGAUUGUCGUGAGCUGCUGCACCAGGCCAUCAAACGCCACCUGACAGCCAAGAGCCACUCGAGAGUCAACCACGUGUUCAAUCACUUCGCCGACUGCGACUUCCUGGCGUCUCUCUACGGACCCUCCGAGGUGUAUCGCGCCCACCUGCAGAGGAUCUGUAACGGGAUCAACAAGAUGCUUGACGAGGGGAACCUCUGACCUCUACUCUUCAUCAGGCACCUUUACCUCUCGUCACCCCUCAUGUACCACCUUGCAAGAUUUUAUUUUUUUAAAGGUGACAAUCAUUAACAUUUUUAUUGGUCUUUUGUUGCUCUGUGUGUGUGUGUGUGUGUGUGUGUGCGCCUUUCAGCCGUUACUGUGACACUGAAUUUUUUUGUAUCUCGUCUAGUUAGUCCAAAGUCUGUUUCUUCUCCAGCCGGAUUGUCUUUGUGUUAUUCCACAGUAAACAAAACCCAGCUGAUGUUUUUUUUUUAAGUGAAUGUAAAACUUCUCGCUCUUAUAAGUAUAGUCAGCGAUAGGAGCCUUGACAACUGUGCCUUGAAAAAGAAACACACAUUUGUGUCUUCAUUCCAAGGGCACUCUGCUCAGUCAUAUCUCUGUGAGCAGCUUUUAAUGGACCAAAAUGGUUUUGGGGGGGGGGGGGGCACCAGGAGAGGAACGAAAGGGAAUUUCUGUCUAUUCCAAAGAAUAAAGAAGGGAAUUUAUUUUAUUUUAUUUUUUUCUAAAAGUAGUAUUGCACUCAAUGCUGAACAAGCGCUGUACUGUACUUUCCUGCAAUAAUGAAACCAUGUGAAACACGGCAGUUGAUUAAUCCUGCUUAGCCUGCAUUUUACAGCUUUUACCGUCAUGCACUGAACUUUACUUUGUAGAGAGGCCAGGCCUUUUGUUUAGAAGGCACCUAUAAACCCAGUUGUUUUGUUUGUUUUUUAUAGUCUGGUUUAUAGCCACCACCACAAAGAUGAGGUAUUUAGGUCAUAGAGGGACCAUAAACAUGAAGGAAUGUGAUUGUGCUGCAUAUUGUUGAAUGUGUUGCUGGCUCAUCUGCUCGGGUGGGGAAAAAUAAACCUCCCAACUUUGUGUCUAUAAAUGUCAUAAUCGCAGCAGAGAAGCAGCACAAUGUGGCACCAGCCGCAAAGGUUUCUCUGGCAAUUUGUCAGAGAGGAAUAAAGAGCGAUCACAGACGAACUACUCGUCAUAAUAGAUGUUGGAGCCCAGGGUCAGCUGUGUUUCAGAUUUAUCGGCGUUGUGUCGGGUUUAUCCAAAAGGCACUAAAACUCUGGUUUGAAUUCUGACAGAUUUGAACUAAAAAGGCUCCCCGUGAGCAGUCGGAUGAAAGGAUGGACGAAAAACCGCAGCUCUGCGUUUAUGAAAAGGGCCGGGCAGUGUAUAGAGAUUAGACCAGAGACAAACACAGUACCUGAUUGUACUCUCCCACUGCAAUCACAGCUCCCUGUUCUGGGGCGGUAUAAUGGCCCGGAGCCCGUCUCUGUCGAGCAGCCUCUCUCCAUUUCGCCAGACAGCAGCCUCAUGUAAUGUGAUGGAGAUAAGCAUCUAUGUUUGCGCAAUGCAAGUCAUUAUAAUGGAGUGCAAGCUGCUGUUUCUUUCUUUAAAGGACAAUAUGAAUAGUGACUAUCCCUCCCGAACACUCUCAUAAUAAGAUGUCUUUCCUUUUUGUCUGUGUUUUUGUAUCGCUGAGUCUGUCUGGGAGAUUGUUUUGUGCUGCGGCCUCAUUUUGUAUUCUGCGUGUGUGUGUUUGUGUGUGCGUACCUGUGAGAGAAUUGGAAAUUGAGCCGUGUAAUAAGCGCUGUGCUUUUCCAGAUAGGAUUGCUGAAACUUUAACUUCAUCCACAGCAGCUCUACCAAAGAAACGAAGACUGAUGUUACUCCAAAUGCAGUCUUUUUUUAUUUUCCAGAGGAACAUUUCAGGAAGCAGUGUGUGCACUUGGUAAUUAUAGCCCUGGUAACGGUGAUAAUGAAGACGUAGAUGGUGGCUGUUGUGGUUUCGCCUAUUUACUUCUUGGAUGACUCCCCUGAGUAUAUUCUCUUUUGUUAGACCCAUUUGACUUUCUCUGCAUCAUUUUGGGAGGCUUUGAAGUAAAUCCUUUCUACCAGUAAAGUCGUCGUCGUCGUCGCCCCCCCCCCCCAAAAAAACAGUUGACUUUAAUUGUGUUUGGUUGCCAUUUUCUUCAAUCCCUCCACAUCUCAGGGUUAGUUUAAAUCUCCCUCGGUUUAAAAUCCGCGACACACUAAGUACAAAUCAACCGAACCUCUGCAACAGCCCCACUUAUUUGACUAAAGCGCUCAAACUAAGCAUACUUAUCAUGCUGCAUUUUUACUAUUGUGAAUUGUGAAAUGUUUUUAAUUUCACUCAUGUACAUAUGAUGUUUUUGUGUCUCUGUAUUGUAUCUGCACGCAACAAAUAUACAAUUUACUUUUUUUAAAGAAUAAAGUUAUUGUCUUUUUUUUAUUUUUUUUUACCCUCAAUCAAGCACUGAGCGUCUUCCCAUUAGUAUGUUGGAUUGUGGAAUUUUCCGGGCCAGAUCAGGGGGUAAUCUGACUAUGUCUGACCUGGAUUUAGUCGGCCAAAUCCCUCUCCUCCUCCUCCCAGCAUUGUUGGGCAGCCUUGAAAGCAAACACAAACCCAUCCCACUGACAAACAAUUCCACUGUGGGUCGUUUCUUUCCACUUCCUGCAGGCCCUCUACGCGCUCAAAGGAAGAACAGGAAAUUAGUAAAAUGGAAAGAGUUCUUGCUUCUGUUUUUGGAAACAUCAACAGUAAGCUGCAGUUUAAUUUCAAGUGUAGCAUGAGUAGCACUGCAUUCAGUUUUGAGUUUAAUCCAUCAUUGACUUUGCCAGUUUUCCUGUAGCACGUCUGCAGACCCUCCCUGCAGCACACUUGAAAGGCUACUGCAGCACCAAAAGCCCAAUUAUCAUCUUAAUGGUUGUGAAUAAUGGGUUUUUUUCGGUGAGUGCACCCUCGAGUUCAGAGUGUUAUGACUAAACUGGGAUGUGAGCACAGUCACGUCUCAUUGUCUCUCUGUGUACUUAUUCCUCUUCUUAUUUGACUCAACUGUGAUGUCAAAUUCAGCAAAAACAUCGACUUUAAUGAUUAACUUCCGCCUGUCUUCCAUUUUUAGGCUCGUUGUGUAUGAGGAUGAAGCAAAAUAAAAACUUUUUUUCUUUA